AUGAGAGCAGUGAUUGCUUCUAUGGGAGCGCUUUUCGACCACGAUCAGUUUGCAGCAUUCAUUCAGGAGCUCUAUGCGCAAGAUACCUAUCGCUCACUAAGAGCCCCUGCGAUUGAUGUUAUCACAGCCAAUCUUCAGACAUUCAAAGCGAAUGACUAUACUCUCGUUGAUGAUGAGCUUCUUGCCAACGUCCCUGACUUUCGAGAUCAUUUGUUGGCGACACUCAUGGAAAUCAAUUGCCGCAAGAAGUCCACUAUCAGUCAGUUGAGUGCGGGUGGAGCAUGUGAUUGCUUCUUUGCGAGGGCGACUCCACAUAAGGUUCACCCAAAAGAUGCUUGUAGUGUCUUUAUCAACCAAAAUUUCAUUCUGAGUUCAAUUGAAGAACAAUUCCUGAAUUCGAGUUACAGCGACGUAACCCUUGUUUGUGGUGAGCACGAGUUCCCUGCACACAGGGCUAUUUUAUGCUCUUCUUCAAAAUAUUUCCUUGAUGUUUGCAAUGGUAAUCUCAAGGAGGCUUCGGAGAGUUCCGGAAAGAUUCAGCUGGACGAUCACGACCCCCUUUUCGUGAAAAACGCAUUGGAGUUUUUGUACAAAGGCAGAUACACAGAAAUAUCCGUCGGCCUCUUACACCCAACAAAGAGCAUACCUUUUUUUCAUGCACGCAUGUUUGCAGUGGCCGAUUAUCUCGAUAUUGAAGAAUUGAUGUUAAUGGCCAUCGAUUUGACCUGCCGCACUCUCGUGGAGAACCUCGAACAGGAUGUAUUUGUCUCAUUGGUCCGCAAGGCUUAUACCCAAAGGGUCAACUCAACUGAAUUGAGGUUAGUUUUAGUCGAAAACCUGUUCGAGUCUAUCAUCCGGUCUCCACUCUGGGACUGGGGCUGGAUCGAGGACCUCUAUGAUGAACCGCAUUUUGGCAGAGACCUGCUGUUCUUCAGUCCAGUUAGAAGAGAAUUGGAGGGCAUCGGAAAAAUGUAUCUGGGCGACGAAGCAGUCAAAAAAUGCGAUGAGAGGUUGGCAAGAAUUAAUGGGCUUGAAGCACAUACAAAAUGCCAGAAUUAG